AAAAAAUUGUACUAAAAAAGUUCAAAAGUUAAACCGGUGUAUAAUUUCCCAAGAGGAAAAUAAUAGCAAGGCCAAACAGCAGUUCUGAGAAAGUUGAAGAAGAAGAAGAGAAUCACUGAAUCAGUGAAAUGGAAGUGUUUAGCUUUGAGAGAAGGAUUAAGAAUUACAGCAACUAUCAGAAUAUACUGUUGGUCGGAGAAGGCGACUUCUCUUUUGCCGUUUGCUUAGCCAGAGCCUUUGACUUCGCUGACAACAUGGUUGCCACUUCUCGUGACACCAGAGAGUCGUUAAUGGUGGAGUAUUCAAAAGCUAUGAGUAAUGUGGAGGAAUUAGAGUCCAGGGAAUGCACUGUAUUGCAUGAGGUGGAUGUCCACUAUAUGAGCAAGCACCCUUGCUUGAUCAACGUGCGCUUGGAUCGCAUAAUAUAUAAUUUUCCUCAUGCGGGUUACUUGAAGGGUUCCCGUUCCUGUGAACGCGAAAUGUACCAGAUUUGGUAUCAUCAGGAUUUGGUUAGGGGAUUCUUCGAGAAUGCAAGGGAAAUGCUGACGAGAGUAGGAGAAAUUCAUGUGACACACAAGACAACAUAUCCUUUCAGUGAAUGGAAUAUAGUGGAUUUAGCUUAUCAGGCUGGAUUGAUUUUGGUUCAUAAAGAACCAUUCUCGAAAUGGGAUUAUCCAGGCUACGAAAAUAAGAGAGGGGCUGGGAUGUUUGACCAAACUUUUCCGGUUGGAAUGUGUAGCACCUACAAAUUUGCCAAGAUGUUGGACCAUUCUACCACUUCCGGUUUCCACCUUGGAACUACUUCUUCGGGUCCAUGGCCUAGAUAUUGUGGAAUUUGGGGUCGUCACGUGUAACUGUAAGCCACAUCAUAUGAAAUCUGUCAGUCCUACGUACAUUGAGCGAGUUGUGUCGCAUGAGCCUAAAUCUUGUGCUUGUUUAGAACAUGUAUAAAGGAAAAUAAGUUCCCAGUCUCGUAUGGCCGGAGCCAUAUGGAAAACCUUGUACUUCCAGCUUCAUAUGUUAUCAUUAACUGAUUGUAAGG